ACGAGCCUCCUUUAUCUUAUAUUAACUAUUUCUGUGAGACAUGGUGGGGUGCUUACAAUCACUCCUCAUGCCAUCCGUCCUUUUACUGCAAGUCACACGGUUCUUCCCUUCAAACAGGAUUCGCUCGUGCUUGAAGAAGGAGGAGAUCGAACGAAACCAUGCGGCCCCUGUACGCGCUGCUGCUGAGCCUGGCGGCUGCGUCGGCCGCCACGAGCGCCGAGCGUAGUAUGCGCGACCCAGAGGCGGCCGAGAUGCCUUGCCACCACGAACAGGAGGACGAGGGUGAAGACUUCACCUUGGGCCUUAUGGCAGUACUGAACGAGCAAUUCCAGCGCUCGAGUGAGCUACUACAGAGUUUCUUCAACAUCGAAGAACCUCAAGACGACGUCGUGCGCGUCAUCGUGAUCGAGGAGGAAGAUCCCGCGCAGGAACGCAAGCGUGCGUGUCUAAAGGCGCUCGAGAGGAUUCACGAGCAGGACGAGCUGCUGGCUGAGACUGAGACGCUGUUGAAGCUCUUCCGCUCGGCCGUUGACAUGGUCUCGCUGCAGGUGUGGGGCGAGGCGUCGUGCGACGAUCUCGAGCGUGCGGACUUGGUGGAGCAGGUGCGGAAUAAACAAUUAUUGUCUGCUCUGAUUCCAAUUAUUGUUGAAUUGAGGAAUGUACUGAUUCAUUGAAAUUUGGAUUGCAGUGCAACGUCGUGUUGAAGUCGGAAGAUGUGGCGAGGAAGUUCCUACUAGAGGGCAAGGCGGACGAUGAAGUGUGCGACAUCAUGUCGGUCGUCUUGGACUUGGAGGGAACCGACGACUUGUCCUGCAAGUUGUGCCAGAGGUUCGUGCUUAUGAUCGACCAGGCUCUGGCCCAGGAAGUGCAGCAGGUGCAGCAAGUCCGAGCCAUUAUCGGAGACUUGUGCGACGCCAUGUCGCCCGACUCCAUGUGCCACACGUUCCUUAAGAACUACGACGCCAUUGUGGACUGGCUCAAGCACGGCACUGACCCUCUAGUGGUGUGCGCUCGGAUCGCCAUGUGCUCAUCAGACAGCGACAGUGACAGCCAGAUCUCGGAUCUACCGUGGACUCCUGAAGAGCCUCAGACGGUGAAGGAUGGAGCUCUGGUUACGGAAGACUUCGUUGAGAACGACCAGUCGUGUUUCUUCUGUAGCCACGUGGCUGGAGUCAUCUACCAAGUGAACGAGCUAUUCCCUGAACAGCUUCCGAUGCUUAAGUCGGUGCUAGGAACGGUAUGCGAGAUGGCUUCACCGGAAUCCAAGUGCAAGGAGGUGGAGGCCAACUUUGACCGCAUUGUGGAGUUGGUACAGCAGGGACAACACCCUCAUGAGGUCUGUGCGAACGCUGACUUCUGUCCUAAGAAGCUUAUGCGUGAUAUUGCACCAUGGGAUGGCGACAAGACGUGUGUGUACUGCGACGUAGCCACUACUGUUGUGGAAGUCAUCCUGCAAGAGGCUCCCGAGCAGAUUGACCAGAUUCGGGACUACGCUGACAUGAUUUGCGGUAUGCUAGGAGACGAUAGUCCGUGCCACCUAUACGUGGACCAAUUGGACACUGUGGUUGAUUCUCUGAAGAAGGGUGUGCACCCUCGUGCCAUCUGUAAGGCGCUGAAGUACUGCACGGCGGAACUUGGGGACGGUCGUCCUGAACUUGAUGAGAAUCCUCGUGUUGGCAUGAUGCGAAAUGGUCCUCGUGGAAUACACCACCACGUUGGAAUGGUGGGGCCUGGAGGUCGCCACGGAUACCGCCAUGGACACGGCCCGCAUUCCGAGUUGGCGAUGGUUAAGGAUGACGAACACCCACCGCACCCGCUGCACCCUCCUCACCCGCGUCCUCAUGGCAGUUGCUUCUUCUGUACGCGUGUGGCUAUGGUGAUCCAUCACGUGAACCACACGUCACCAGACAAGCUGCCGAUUGUGAAGAAUAUUUUAUCGAACGUAUGCCAGUUGGUGCCUGCAAAAUGCAAAUGCGACGUUGUCGACAAGAAUUUCGACAAAAUCGUCGAAAUGGAGAAGGAAGGCAAGCGUCCUCAUGAGAUCUGCAAGUCCCUCGAUGUUUGCAAGAAGAGCCAAGGCUUGGAAGACGACGUGCCUUCCAUUGCUGAUGAGAUGAAGGGCGUCGUUGUGGCAUCUCAGUGGCCUCCUGGAAAUGCGACUCAGUGCACGUAUUGCCAAUUCGCUACUACUGUUGCCAAGAUUGCGCUUCAGCAGUACGGCACAGACAUCCGUCAAAUCCGAGCGUACGCCGAUAUGAUCUGUGAUAUGCUGGGCGCAGAGAACCCGUGCCAUGUGUACGUGAAGCAGUUUGACUUUGUUAUCGAUGGUAUCACCAAGGGCAUGAGCGCGAAGGCGAUUUGUCUGGAGCUGAAGUUCUGCACUGCACCCGCACUACCGUCCCCUAGCAGCGAUUUAUCGUCUUUCGACCCGGUGUUGGUGACGAUGGUGAAGGAUUCAAUGGAGCUAUCAGUCGAUGGAUGUUUCUUCUGCACGCAAGUGGCAUCCGUCAUCGAGGUGGCCGUGGCUCAAGACCCAAGUAAGAUCGAGGAGAUUCGACAGAUUGCCGACGUCGUUUGCGGAAUGCUUCCUAGCGAUAACCAGUGCCACUCGUUCGUGAAGGAAUUCGACACGGUGGUUGACUCUCUCCAGAAGGGCGAACAGCCGAAGGCUAUCUGCCAUGAUCUGAAGUACUGCAAGGUGGACACCAAUCCUGCGAUGGCCAAGCUUUCCGUGCCCGACGUGAUCGCCGUUCAGAAUAACGACAAGGGGAGCAAUACGUGCGCGUACUGCAGCGGCGUGGUCACUGUGCUUAAGUUUGCGCUCGCCCAGAAGCCAGAACAAGUUAAGGAAAUGCGUGAAGCAGCAGGCAUCGUGUGCCAGCUGCUUCCUGCUGACGAUACGUGCCACGAAGAUCUCAAGAUGUUUGAUGAAGCAGUGACCGAUCUGCAAGCUGGAAAGGAGCCUCACGAUAUUUGCCAGGCGCUGAAGUUCUGCUCCGCCAUGGAGAAUCCCAGCGAGUUGGUGUCAGGCCUGCUUGACUUCACUGGCUCGGACUUCUUGCCUUCGAGAUGCUUGACAUGCCAACAGAACACGCUGCUGCUCGCAUCUUUGAUCACGCGUCCGGACAGUUUGGCCACGUUCGAGCGCGAGAUCAACUCGAUUUGCCGAUUGAUCCCUGAAUCCAGCGAGUGUGAGUUGCUCAUGAAGCACCAAGACGCGAUCAUUGAUUCGCUGAAGAAGAACGAAUAUGUGGAUACGAUUUGCACGCGUAUUGCAGAGUGUGGCCCUGCACCUGUGGCGGAAGUGCCUGAGCAGAAGUCGAUGUCUGUGGGCUGCUUGUUCUGUGAGUACACUGCUGACCUCUUGGAGUACGCCAAGAAUAACGAGAAGGCCUUGCGCGAAGCCAAGAUGACACUGGAAACCAUGUGCACUGUGCUGCCUCCGCGUGCUCGCUGCGAUGCGCUAACUUCCAAGUUCGAUGAGCUGGUGUCGCUCAUGCGCGAGGGAAAAAGUCCCAGCGAAGCUUGCCACGCCCUCGCCCUGUGCGACGCGGACUUCGUCUACUCGGGCAGCCGUGAGCAAGACCCUAUCGUUCAAGCUUUUGAAAAAGGCCGCCAGAGCAUGGGCAACUUGAUGGAGAUCCAGUAACUGGAGAGGUGUCUUCAUCAGCGCGAAUGGGGCGCGCUUUUGUUGUGUAAGUUGACGACCAUCGUUCUGCUCAUUCGUUUCUAUCCCCACGCUAACAAAUGCACAGGAAUAAUGCCUGAAUGAAUAACAUUUUCAAGCAAGAAAACUGCGACUGAUCUCGUCUAGGAAUUUAUCUGUCGGUGUCCACAUAAAGUUAGGUAGCAGGUUUGCGAGACGCGAAGUAUUGAGCUUCGUGUUGAGCGGUGAGGGGUAUCCCAAGUCGACUUGAGCUCGCGAUGUUGGCGCAAUGUGUCUCGAUAUCGCAGCACUUGCUUUCGGGUUGUGCUUUGCAGUGGCAGCAAGAUACUUGUGACCAAGUUUUACGCGCGAGAGUGACUCCACACCACCUGCAUGAGCAUUGACCGUUUAGUAUAGAUAAUUAAGAUCCUUAUUAUGUUUUGUGGACGUACCGACGUUGACUAGAGUAGUGUGUUCGUUGGGGUCGAUCGCCAAAAGUUUGAACAUGAUCUCAAUCAGGUCGAAAACGUAGAGGUACGAACGGAACUCGUCACUCCACAGGUUCAAAGGUGCAGCGUUCUCGAGUUGGAAUAAUUGAUGAUGAAGCCACUCCAUGAAUUUUGGAGCACUUUUGUCUGGGAAUAAUGGAGCUCCUGGUCCAACGACGUUCGCAAUGCGAAGAAUCCACACUUGCAAGUGUGUUGAGCUGUCGCGCUUUAACAGGAAAUGGUCAAAGCGUAGCUUGCCCGAACCAUACGCCGACAAGUCUGGCGAUAAGAUGGCAUCAUCCUCGUGAUAACUCGCACCGUUUGGUUGAGUUCCUUCGUAGACAAAAUCCGUCGACAAAUGCACAAAUCGGACUGGCCAGGUCAGAGCGCCCAACAAAGCCACCAAACCUCGAGGCUAUCAGAUAAUGUGCACAGAAAGAAAUUUGAGUCCAAAAACCACUUCAUAUAACCACAUCUAAUGGCUU